AUGGAAUUGGAGAAAAGUGGCGCCCUGCUAGAAAGUGGAACAUAUGAAGAUAACUUCUAUGGCACCCCAAAACCUCCCAUCGAGCCCAUCUCGCUGCUGCUAAAUGUAACAGACCAGCUGCUUCCCGGCGCCAGACCCAGCUCUGAGGGCAAGAGGAGGCGCAACAAGUCCGUCAGCAACAUGGAGAAGGCUAGCAUCGAGCCUCCGGAGGAGGACGAGGAGGAGAGGCCCAUUGUCAACGGCAACUGUGUGGUCGUCACCCCAGAGUCCAGUGAACAUGAGGAAAAGAGCACCGAGGCACCAGGAGACCCCGAUGCAGCGCAGACCACCCCUGCACCAGACACCAUCUCCGAGGGCUCCAAGGAUGACAAACAGUCCCCCCAACUCACACUGGCCAAACCAGAGGACAACGCCGAGUUAGGGCCUCUGCCGGACAACUGGGAGAUGGCCUACACCGAGAAGGGAGAAGUCUACUUUAUUGACCACAACACCAAGACAACAUCGUGGCUGGACCCGCGGCUGGCCAAGAAGGCCAAACCGCCAGAGGAAUGCAAAGAAGAUGAGCUUCCAUACGGCUGGGAGAAAAUCGAUGACCCCAUUUACGGGAGCUACUAUGUUGACCACAUAAAUAGAAGAACCCAGUUUGAGAAUCCAGUUUUGGAGGCUAAAAGAAGAAUCCAGCAGCAGCAACAGAUGCAAAGCCAGGGUCUGUCCUCACUGCCACUCCCCACCAUCUACAGAGAGAAGCCGCCAUUCACCCGGGACCCUACUCAGCUCAAGGGCAGUUUCUUAUCCACGGCUCUCCAGAAAAGCAACAUGGGCUUUGGAUUUACAAUAAUUGGAGGCGAUGAGCCAGACGAAUUUCUCCAAGUCAAAAGUGUUAUCCCUGAUGGACCUGCUGCAGCUGAUGGGAAGAUGGCUACAGGUGAUGUGAUAGUGUACAUCAACGACAUGUGCGUCUUGGGCACCACUCACGCUGAUGUCGUCAAACUGUUCCAGUCGGUCCCGAUCGGUCAAAGCGUCACGAUGGUUCUGUGUCGAGGUUACCCUUUACCCUACGAUCCAGAGGACGCCACUAACACAAACAACAACACCACCACCACUAUCAUCUCCCCUCUUGGCAUCAUGGAACAGCGCCCCAUAGUGGUCAAUGGGAGAGCCACUUACGAUAACUACCUGGACUAUAUUUCCCGCACAGCUCGUUUUGUCACAGACCCGAAUCAAGAGCAGGUCAUUGCCCAACAGCUCCUCGCCACACAUCCGGGUGACACCAAUUUGGACGGGUCACUUCCUGCUGGCACUGGCACCACGCCUCCAGACAGUGUAUCCAUGGCGUCUUCGGGACCGGCCCAGAGUGAGAUGCUGACUGUGAAUAUGGUGAAAGGCGUGGAUGGCUUUGGAUUUACGAUUGCAGACAGCGCGACGGGACAGAGGGUGAAGCAGGUGCUGGAACCGCAGGGCUGUCCUGGUCUGAGCGAGGGCGACCUCAUCGUGGAGAUAAACAAGCAGCCAGUGCAGGGAUUCACACACACGGCGGUGGUGGAGCUGCUCAAAGAGUGCGCGGUGGGAACAGAGACCAGCCUGGUGGUGCAGAGGGGCGGGCCAGGUUACUAUUCCCCCUGGAAGACCCCCAAGCAGGUCCUGGAUCAGUGGGAGUCCCAGCAGGGCCAGAGUAGCCCUGCUCAGACCUGCGUAUCUGCCCCUAUUAUCUCUCACAGCGCCCCCUUCUUCCCUCCUCUGCAACUGCACAGAGGCUCAUUGCCUGAGACGGCCUCCGAGGCCCUGGUGCUGGCCAAACCUGAGCCCUAUGACCUUUAUGAGAAGUCCAGGUCUAUCUAUGAAAAUAGGCAACCCACCCAACCAAAACCUGUUUUUUCUAUGGACUCUUCAGGAGCUGAGUACCAAGACAUUGAGGUGCAUCUUCGGCGGCAGAAGUCUGGGUUUGGGUUUCGAGUGCUGGGCGGGGAAGAGGCAGGACAACCUAUUUUGAUUGGGGCAAUUAUUGAAAAGAGUCCAGCCGACGUGGAUGGGCGGUUGCGUCCUGGGGAUGAGCUGCUGUUUGUAGAUGGAAUACCUGUGAUGGGGAAGCCACAUAGAUAUGUCAUUGACCUAAUGCAUGGAGCUGCUCGCAACGGCCAGGUCAAUAUGGUCAUCAGGAGAAGAGUGCAACCCACAGGUGAGCCUUGCACAGAAAACGGCCGCUCGGGCUCCGUGUCCACCCAGCAGAGCUCGCCACGCAGCGACUUCACGUACGGCAACAGCGUUCAGCCUCCAAGCUCUUCUACAGGCCUCAACUCCACUCCAGACUCAACGCCCAACCCAAACUCCCCUCCGCGCGACGUUGUCAUCAACAGGAAGGAGAGCGAGGGCUUUGGCUUUGUUAUCAUCAGCUCCCUCAACAGGCCGGAGGCUGCAGCUACCAACACGGUGCCGCAUAAAAUCGGCCGCAUUAUUGAGGGCAGCCCGGCGGACCGCAGUGGAAAGCUGAAGGUGGGAGACCGGAUCUUGGCUGUAAACUCUCAGUCCAUUGUGAACAUGCCGCACGCCGAAAUCGUCAAGCUGAUCAAGGACGCAGGCCUGACCGUCACGCUGAGGAUCAUACCGCAGGAAGAAAUCAGCAACUCCCCGUCCGCCCCCAGCUCGGAGAAGGAGAGUCCACUCACCCAACAGCACAGCCCCACGACCCAGCCCAGUGCCACUACUACCCCCAGCACUCAACCUACCACAGGCUUAGAGAAUGUGAGCCAGUCCACACCGCCCCAUCCGAGUCCUGGGAGACCUGCCCCGCCUCCGCAGAGCUACCCCCAUGAGGGCAGUUACAGAUCUGAGGUGAAGGCGAGGCAGGAUGUGAAACCAGACAUCCGACAGCCUCCCUUCACAGACUACCGGCAGCCCCCCGUGGACUACCGACACCCCCCAGUGGCCGACUACAGGCAGCCCCCCACCCUGGAGUACAGGCACCCCCCUCUGCUCGACUACAGACCGUACGCCAUGCCUGACUACCGCAUGCCGCCCGUGCAGCUCACACAGGAUUUCGACUUCUUCACGGUGGAGCUGGAGAAAAGCGUUAAAGGCUUUGGCUUCAGUAUUCGUGGUGGUCGAGAGUAUAAAAUGGACCUUUUUGUGCUGAGGUUGGCAGAGGACGGGACAGCCAUCCGAAAUGGGAGGAUGAGGGUUGGAGACCAAAUUAUAGAGAUUAAUGGGGAAACCACUCGGGACAUGACGCAUGCACGGGCCAUUGAGCUGAUCAAGUCUGGAGGGAGAAGAGUGCGAUUGCUGCUCAAAAGGGGGACAGGGCAGGUGCCAGAGUACGGAAUGGUAUCUUCCAGUCUCUCCAUGUGCAUGAAAAGUGACAAGCAUGGGUCUCCCUAUUUCCUGCUAAUGGGCCACCCUAAAGACACGGUUUGUGACCGUCAGACAUCAGUGUCUCCUGGUUUUUGUGCAGUGGUCUUGCAUGACAAUGCCACCCCAUGGGAUGUUCGCCCUACAGCUUCCCCAAACCUGUCUGAAGUAGCCCUGCCCAUCGACAGUCUUUCCAUGCCAUUUCCUUCAUCUCAUCUGGUCGCUGCCCCAGAGUCACCGUACCUGUCACCUAUGGACAAGCCUCCAAACUCCCGCAGCCGGCCGGAGCGAUCCAAGAGCCCUCGCACCACUGAGACACUACAUCCUGAAGCAAUAGGCCGACGAGCCAACAAAGAGGGUGGCAGGUCCACCCACAAAGACGACAGAUGUAGAGAGGGGCUAAAACUGACUAAACACAAUCGUGGCAGAUCAAAGGAGAGGAGUGAUAAGGGCAAGAGAGAGUCCACGCGCUCACCAGGAGGGACCAAGCUGCCGCACACUAACGGUGACCGCAACAUGGAGCAUUACAGCGGCGGGACUGACCUGCACCAUAAGAAGUCCAGGCAGUUGGAUCGAGGCCUGGCAGAGAGCCGUCCAGUCCUACCCCCCAAGAGCACCUCCACAAACAGCAGCAUGAGCGUGUCGGGUAGAAAGGCUACGGUGUCCCCAGGGCCGUGGAAGAUCCCAGGAUCAGACAAGCUGCCCAGCACGCUGAGGUCAGGCACAUCCACGCUCAGCAGAUAA